GUGAACGAGCGACGCACAGAAAAGGAAAUAAAAUGCAGGGGAAGAUCCAAGAUGGAUCCUCCUAGCCUACCAUCCGAAGGAGGGAUGGCGAAGCUCUGCUGGCACCGCAAUCAAGGAACUGAAGAUGGAGUACUCCGGAGUACUCCAGAAUCAUGUCUGCAGACCUCAGCCUCAGGCGCCCUCCGCCUCACAGUCCCAACUGUGCCUCUGCUGGGUGAGGCAGCGAGGCUACUGAGCCUAGUAAACAUUAGCGCGACCAAGCAUGCGGGAUUCGAGCCUCAAUUGCCAAACCCGGAGAAGCGGAUG